GUUUCCUGUUUUUGGUUUUAAAAAAAUCAGAAAACUAAAAAAAAAAUGUCAAACAAGCCCUAAAUUUCUGGUAUAGAAGAUUAGAUCUGUUCUCUUUAACCCGCUUUAAACCAGGCCGUUUUUUAAACGCUCAUAUUUCAAACAAUUUGGUCGACCAUAAUAUAUAAAUGUACAUUCUUUAAUGACAUAAUAUGAAUAUUCUAUAUACUAGUAUAACAUGUUGUAAUUAUUCAAAAAAAAAAAAAAAAAAAAAAAAAAAAAAAAAAAAAAAAAAAACAUGUUGUAACCUUGAACCACCUAACUUCCUUUUCAAAUUAGUCUUGAACCUCUCAUUAUAAAAUACACAAAAAGAACAUAAAACCCGUGACAAGGCCCAUAACCUUGUUUUUGGGAACAAUGAACACACCUUGCUUCCCAAACUAAACUAAUUUCUCAUUUUCUCUCUCCUACAUUUAUUGACCAACCCCAUUUUUCUCUCCUUUUGAUUUGAAUUAAAAUCAUUUUUUUUUUUUUUUUAUUUCUCUAUCAUUUUUCCAUAUCAAAAGGUCACACCUUCUUCUAGAAACAAGGCAUAACAUUACGUACUCCAUAACAUCAUUACCUUCCUCAUUCUUCAACAAUUUCCCUCAUUUCUUGGCACCUUCAUUUUCAAACCAUAUUUCUUCCUCCCCAAGUCAUAAAUCUAACACUUUAAACACCCUUUUUUGUGACAAAAAUACCCAAAAUUUCAGGGGAAAAAUAGAGAUGAAAGAACAAUCAAUUGUUCCAAAAUUAGAAUUAAAUCAACUCAAAGUUUUUGGCCCAGUUGGAAGAGGAGCAAAAGGGGUUGUUUUUCAUGUCAAAAUCAAUGAUUUGGGUGAAGAUUUGGCGUUAAAAGUGGUGUUGAAAUCCGCCAUUAAAUCCAAAAGUGAGAAACAGAGUAAUGGGGUUGUUGAAGUUCAAAACAGAGUAUUUUUUGAACAACAAGUUUUGAAGGAAUUUAAUCACACCCUUUUGCCUAAACUUAAAGGGGUUCUUGAAACUGAUAAUGUUUUUGGGUAUGCCAUUGAUUAUUGCCCUGGUGGUAGUCUUAAUUUUCUAAGAAAGCUUCAAGUUGAGAAGAUGUUUUCCGAUGAUAUAAUUAGAUUUUAUGGGGCUGAAAUAGUUUUGGCAUUGGAAUAUUUGCACAAAAAAGGGAUAGUUUACAGAGAUUUGAAGCCGGAGAAUAUAUUGAUUCAAGAAAAUGGUCAUCUAAUGUUGGUAGAUUUCGAUCUUUCAACCAAACUCAUUCCUAGAUCGCCUAAAACUCGGUUGAGUUCGGGUUCGAGUUCGGAAUCAGUAAAAACACCCGACUUAGAGAAGAAAAAAUUGCAGUUAUCCAGAUUUACCGCAUUUUAUAAAUGCGGUAAAUCUGGAUUUUCACUAGAAGAAACUUGUUCGGGUAAAACCGAGGACGAGUUAGAAAACUCGUUCGAGUCGGACACAAUGGGUAAAUCCAACUCGUUCGUCGGAACGGAGGAGUACGUGGCACCGGAGAUCAUCCAAGGGAACGGUCACGAUUUCGCUGUAGAUUGGUGGAGUUUUGGUGUCGUUUUACAUGAAAUGUUGUAUGGAACGACGCCGUUUAGAGGUGUAAAUAGGAAAGAAACAUUUUACAGAAUCAUAUCAAAGUCACCUGAUUUGGUUGGUGAAACGACGCCGUUGAGAGAUUUGAUAAGGAAGUUACUUGAGAAAGAUCCAAAACAAAGAAUAUCAUUGGAGGAAAUCAAGGGUCAUGAUUUCUUUAAAGGGGUUGAUUGGGAGAUGAUCGUACGGUUAGAAAGGCCUCCUUUUAUUCCUGAUCAAGAAGAGGUUGACGAUGAGGGUAUAGAUGGAAAUAAAGCAAUUGAUGUUGAGAGUAUUGUUUAUGGAAUAUUUAAAAAAGAUGUGGUUAAAAAUGUAAGUGAGGGUAAAAAUAAAAAUUGUGAGGUAAAUAAUAGUUGUAAAAAUAGUUGUGGUAAAUUAGAUGAAGAAAGUAAAAAUAGAGGUGUUUGGGUUGAAGGGUUAGAGCAACCUUCUAUUUCUAGCAAUUUUUUGGUUUUUUAGAUUUUUGCAUAUUCUUGGCUUGUUAGUUAUUUUACCUUUUUUGUAUGAAGCAUUCUUUUUUGUAGUAGAAAAUUCAAUUUAUUAAAGAAGAGGAAUUCAACAAAGUAUAAAUUAAAAGAAAUGGUUGAUUCUUUGUAGUUUGGUGAAUUUUGUUGCACUCUUUUUAGUUUAUUAUUAAUUGUAAAUGGAGAACGUGUAUAUAUACUUUGAAUCUUUGAUGAGAAUUGAUAGAUAUUUUAAUGUGUUGUAUCUUUUUCUCUCAGAAAUCAAGGUAUCUAUUCCAUUAAAAAAAAAAUGUAAGUUUUUAUAAUGUUGUGUUCUUUAUAAUAUUCUCUUUUUGUUUUAAAAUAAUACAAUUUGAUAAAAAUAUAUUCAUCUUGUACCAAUCGUUUUCAAGGUUUUUUUUUUGGGUUAAAUACAAAUGGUGUAGUUGUUGAUAGGAAAUUUUCAUGUAGAAUGCCUCAAUGACAUGUAAUCAUAUCCUUAAUUGUCGAAAUUUUGAGAAGAUAUUCAAAGAGUCAAUUCUCACUUCCUUUUGUGCCUUUGUGGAGCUUUUUCAACACCAAAAAUCAUGUAACAAUAUGAAUGUGUGGCUUAUAAAACCCUAAGCUAUAAAGGUCAUGCAAACUAUUUAUAGAUUAUUACUAAAUUUCUUAUAUUUUCUUUGAUAGCCAAAUAUUUAAUAUUUUGCAAUUUUUACCAACACCACAAACUAUUAAGAUUAUGAAUAAUAACACACUAAUCGAUUUUCCUCGAAUUGGAAAAAAAAUAAAAAUAAUAAUAAUAAAAAGAAAAAAUUAAUGCACCAUUUGGUUUUGCAUGGUCUAUAAAUUAAAGCAGCAUACUUUAACUAUUAUGAUUUCCAAUAGCAUACUACGAAGUAUUAUUUUCCUCACAUGAUUAUACAUUGAAACCAAAUAAUUAGACAAAUUUAUCAAAAAAAUUCUUUCAAAAAUUAAAAAAAAAAAUAACAAAAACUUACAUGAA